UUAUGCUACAUCUUCUGCCGGUUCCUUCUUCGCUGGACACGUAUCAAAUAAAAAUUCAGAUCCAGCAGUUCCUGUCAAAAAUAAUUUCUCAUUUCGGUGACCAUCUUGGCGACCAGCCUGUGACCGUGUUCCGUCGUCGUCUGAGGGAAAUUCUUGUCGUCCGACAUGCCUGUCACAUCGCGAUGGAUUUCUUGCCUUAUCGUGCUGAUUGCCUCGUUCUCUUUGGGCAAGGUGACGACACAAAACUCUUCGGCGAACAAAAACACGUUGGUUUUGUUAGAUAACCUGGCAAUAAAAGAGACUCAUUCAAUGUUCUUCAGGAAAUUGCAAGAUUCUGGCUAUCAGCUAACGUUCAAGAUGGCAGAUGAUGCUGGCCUGAGUUUAAAAAAGUACGGGAUGUGGCUCUAUCAAAAUGUCAUCCUUUUUGCACCUGGGACGGAUGAGUUCGGAGGAGACUUGAACCCAGAGGCUGUGGCCGAGUUUGUGGAUCAUGGUGGAAAUAUUCUUAUCGCUGCAAGUCCUGCAAGCGGAGAUGCUGUGCGAGAUUUGGCUGCUGAAUUUGGUGUUGAGCUUGAUGAUCCAGGGUCCUAUGUUAUAGACCAUCUCAAUUUUGAUGCCAAUAUUGAUUCUGGAAGGCAUACAGUGGUUUCUGUGGACCCUAAAAAUUUGAUUGAAGCCGAAAUUCUAGUCGGAUCUUCAAAUUCAGAAGCAAUUUUGUAUGAAGGGGCAAGCUUACUGCUGGAUCCGGAUAAUCCAUUGGUUUUGGAAAUUUUGACUGCAUCAAGCACUGCUUAUUCGUAUGAUCCAGAGAAAGAAAUCUCCGAGUAUCCUCACACUGUUGGAAAAAAUACUGUACUUGUUGCCGGACUUCAAGCAAGAAACAAUGCUCGCGUAAUUUUCUGUGGAUCUUUGGAUUUGUUUUCUGACAAGUAUGCAGUGGCAACUGCACAAAGGGGUGGCAAGAAUGUCAAAUAUGGCAACGAAAAACUGGCGACGGCUCUUGCUCAGUGGGUUUUCAAAGAAAAGGGAGUUCUCAGGUUAAGCAACGUGACGCAUCACAAGGCUGGCGAGAAGAAUGCUCCUGCCGCCUACACCAUUACCGAAGAUGUGGUGUACAAUGUCGUCCUCGAAGAAUUGAAAGAUGGGUCGUGGACCGGAUACAAUGGAAACGAUGUGCAGCUCGAAUUCGUUCGUAUUGACCCAUUCGUUAGAACCACUUUGACCAAAGUUGCUGGGAACAAAGCCGGCCUCUACGAAGCCAAGUUCAAAAUUCCAGACGUUUAUGGAGUUUUCCAAUUUAAGAUUGAUUAUCACAGAAAAGGUUACACGUUUCUGUCGAGCACAACACAAGUAUCUGUCCGACCCCUACAGCACACUCAGUAUGAGAGAUUCAUUCCAAGUGCUUACCCAUACUAUGCAGGUGCCUUUUCUAUGAUAGGUGGAGUAUUUAUUUUCUCUUGCGUAUUCCUCCAUUAUCGAGAAAAGGAUAAGAGUGAUUAAAAAGUCUAAGUCGUUUUAAAGAUGAUACUGCGCAAAUCCCCAUUUUUGAAUGAAUGUUACUUAUUAUUAUGAAAUUAUCACUUAUUGUAUGUAGCAAUAAUAUUUCUUCUGUGUGUACUUCUGGUAUCUUUUUAUAUUAAUUGAAAUUAAUUGAAAUGAAUGGAACGAUGUAUAAAUUAUUGUGUCGUCUCACUGACAAAAAUGGUAAGUCUGCUAGAUAUCAAAAAAAAAUUGUUGAUUAAAAAUCGUUUAUUAAGAAAA